AGCAGAAGUUCACAUCCUAAGACAUGUCCAAAUGGAAGCUUUUCCGGAUGAAGUUGCGACGUUGCAGAACAAUCAAACCUUGACGGAAGACAAGCGGGAAACGAUCGACAGAUCGAGCAUUAUAUACCAACUAAUGCCGAUGAUGGAUAAGCAGGGGUUGAUGCGGCAGAACAGCCGAAUUGCACCAGCGAAGAAUCUCCAUUACAGCGUGCGUUUUCCAGUUAUCCUACCAAGGAAGCAUCGCUGCACAGAGCUUAUCGUCGAACAAUAUCAUCGCCUCUAUCGCCAUGCAAACUCCGAGACAGUGGUGAACGAAGUUCGUCAAGUAUACGUCAUACCGAAACUUCGAUCUGUGGUGAAAGCAGUUAGCCGAAGCUGCCAAUUCUGCAAGGUUCGUAAAGCACUUCCGACUAUACCUCCGAUGGCUCCGCUGCCCCAAGCGCGAUUAGCAAUCAGUGUUCGUCCAUUUAGCUACGUCGGAGUGGACUAUUUCGGUCCACUGCUAGUUAAACAGGGUCGCGCGAACGUAAAAAGGUGGAUUGCGCUCUUCACCUGCCUGACCGUCCGCGCUGUCCACCUCGAGGUGGCCUACAAUCUAUCAGCAGCAUCGUGCGUUUCCUGCAUCCGAAGAUUUGUCUGUCGUCGUGGAGCACCAGUGGAGUUCUUCAGCGACAAUGCUACGAAUUUCAGAGGGGUUGAUCGAUCGCUGCGUGAACAGAUCAACGAAGGAGUAACGGCGACCUUCACCAGCGCGAACACGAAAUGGACGUUCAUUCCGCCAAGCGCUCCGCACAUGGGCGGUGCGUGGGAGCGCCUCGUCCGCUCAGUGAAGGUAGCGAUUGGGGAUGCGUAUACCGAAGGGAAACUCAACGAUGAAGGGCUGCAUACUGUUAUCGUGGAGGCAGAGGGAAUUGUAAAUACUAGACCACUUACAUACCUACCGCUUGAUUCCGCGGAAUCCGAGGCUCUCACCCCGAACCACUUUCUGCUGGGCAGUUCCAAUGGAAUCAAGCAGCCAAGCGUGGACAUAGAGUCUCAGCAAGGAACCUCUAGGGAUUCUUGGAACCAUAUCCAGCGGAACCUGAAUCGAUUUUGGCAACGCUGGCUGAAGGAGUAUCUUCCAGUGAUCCGCAAACAGUCGAAAUGGUUUGAGGAGUCUCGAUCAGUGAAAGCCGGGGACCUCGUACUGAUAGCGGACGAAGGCCGGUAUCGAAACUGGCGGUACUCGAUGUUAGGAGUGAUUGUACGGUCAACGAGACCAGUGGACCGCACCCGGGGGAGGAUGUUACCACAGGGACAUCGAGAACUGGCAACACGGUCGUCCAAAUGUCAGAUCGCGAGCUACCGAUCUUUGUGUGAUGAAAUGUCUACGGCUGCUCUACGGCUGAAAUGUCAGUCAGACAUUCGUCUAUCGUUACUUCACCAAUUUGCACAUGCGGUCCAUUGUUCUUAAUAUUAGAGAUUAAAUUUGAUAGCCCUAGUUAAACCUACAGUGAAUUUGUUAAUUACUACUUAUAUACUUACAUACUAGCUUAACCUAAAUUGAACUAAAGCUAGAAAGGUAAUAUAUACAAAGGGAACAUAUGUAACAUGCGAUAUUUACAAAAACUUUUAUUAUGUAGGGUUACACCUAAUCGUACCGUAAAGGGCGUUGAUUGAAAGGCCAUUGUGUAUUUAACAAAGCGCCACUGAAAUGUAAGUUAUAUUACCCUUAAACCUACUUAUCAACUAAUUUAUGCAUUAAAUUUACAGUUUGAAGCACGAAAAUAUAGCUGUUCGAAAUCAGUGUGCGGUCUUUCAUUUCUCGGCGCC